GAGUCAGAGCCCAUCCGCCAUUGUGGAGCAGAGCAGGAGUAAUAUUCUCUCUAGACGCUACACAGAGUGUGAAUGUUUCGGACUAACUUAAACACAUCACACAGCAGCCAACCUCCCCCAGCCGUUUGACGUUCACUGUCAGUACAGCCGAGAGGACCGCUGCCGACCGACUGAAACCGGGCAAGGAGAUCAACGCCUGAGAAAUACGCUGUGAUUAUAGAGAGAAAAAACAACGUGAACCCGCAGCGGUGGCAGGAAAGACAGCCGUGGACAGUCAUAACAUCGAUCAGCUCGGGCUCCCGGAGGAUGUCUGCGACAACUGUCGAUCAGAGACCUAAAGGACAAGGAAACAAAGUGCAAAACGGUUCGAUGCAUCAGAAGGACACUGUAAAUGAUGAUGAAUUUGACAAUUACCUGAGCAGCCAGACAAAUCAGAGUAAUAGCUACCCACCAAUGUCUGAUCCCUACAUGCCCAGCUAUUAUGCUCCCUCUAUUGGAUUCCCUUACUCCCUGGGAGAAGCUACUUGGUCCACCGCAGGAGACCCGCCUAUGCCGUACCUUACCACGUAUGGACAGAUGAGCAAUGGUGAGCAUCACUUCAUUCCCGAUGGAGUCUUCAGCCAGCCUGGUGCUUUGGGCAACACGCCCCCUUUUCUCAGCCAACAUGGAUUUAACUUCUUUCCUGGAAAUGCAGACUUUUCCACUUGGGGCACCAGUGGUUCUCAGGGACAGUCUACACAGAGCUCAGCAUACAGCAGCAGUUACGGAUAUCCCCCGAGCUCAUUGGGCCGGGCCAUUGCUGAUGGACAGGCCGGAUUUGGCAAUGACUCUCAACUUAGUAAAGUUCCAGGGCUCAGUAGUAUCGAUCAGGGAAUGGCCGGGCUCAAGCUCGGCUCUGACAUGUCGGCGGUUACAAAAACGGUUGGUUCUCCUUUAGGUGGGACAGCAGGUAUGAGUAGCAUGGCUGCCAACAGCAUGCCACCUGUCAGCUCCUCCGCACCGAAACCCACCUCGUGGGCUGCCAUUGCGAGGAAACCGGCGAAACCUCAGCCCAAGAUGAAGACGAAGCCCAACAUGGGUUUGGGAAGCGGCACCACAAUUCCUCCUCCUCCGAUAAAGCAUAACAUGAACAUUGGGACCUGGGAGGAAAAAGGCUCCAUCACCAAACCCCCUCUUGCGCAGCACAUGCUCCCGCAUCAGACCUUGAUGCAGCAGCAACUCUUGGCCCAACCUCAGCACAUGCUUCAGAGUCCAUUGCCUCCUCAACCCCAACACCAGCAGCUCCAGCUACAAUCUCCCCAGCACCCUCAGCAGCUGCCUCCAGGUCCUCCCCACCCUCACCAUCACUCGCAACCAGGUCCCCCGCAGCCCCUGCACCCAACCCAGUUGCAGAACCCCCCACCCCAAAAUCGCUGGGUGGCUCCCCGGAACCGAGGAACCACAUUUAACCAGAACAGCGGAAUGGAGAACUUUGGCCUUGGGACUGGAGUCCCCAUGAGCCUGUCGCCUUCUUCCAGUGAGGUUCACCCUGUGCUGGAGAAGCUUAAGGCCCUCCACAAUUACAACCCCAAAGACUUUGACUGGAACUUGAAAAAUGGACGGGUCUUUAUUAUCAAGAGCUACUCAGAGGAUGACAUCCACCGCUCCAUCAAGUACUCCAUCUGGUGCAGCACAGAGCAUGGAAACAAGCGUCUGGAUGGCGCCUAUCGCUCGCUCAGUGCCAAAGGUCCACUGUACCUGCUCUUUAGUGUCAACGGCAGUGGACACUUCUGUGGCGUGGCCGAGAUGAUGUCAACUGUGGACUAUAAUGCCUAUGCCGGCGUCUGGUCCCAGGAUAAGUGGAAGGGCAAGUUUGAGGUGAAAUGGAUCUUUGUUAAGGACGUGCCCAAUAACCAACUGCGGCACAUUCGCUUAGAAAACAAUGACAACAAGCCUGUCACCAACUCCAGGGACACUCAGGAAGUACCCCUAGAAAAGGCAAAGCAAGUGCUUAAAAUUAUUGCGACUUUCAAGCAUACCACCUCAAUCUUUGACGAUUUUGCACAUUACGAAAAGCGGCAGGAGGAAGAGGAAGCCAUGCGAAGGGAGCGAAAUAGAAAUAAACAGUAGGUUCCCAGAGAUCUCCUUGGUAGAACGUCAACACUAAUGAUGUAGAACCUUAAAUAUUGUGUAACCUCAGAGGAAGAGUGGGCUUCUGAUGUAUUUUUUUCUGCCGGAAAAUGAUGUACGAACACUUUAUCACGACAGUGGACUUUUCUGUGUCAACUUCUGAUGGAUCUGCCCUUACGCUCAAGUCUCGCACGAAAUGGAAAGAAAAAUCACUCACGUAAACUGUAUCUUAAAGCACUUUCAGCCCUUCUAAAAGCUUCUACCAGUACCCUUAACUAUCAUUGGACAUCUGUUUGGUAUUAACUGACUAACCAGUGUAGUUGGUUCUGAAGAUUUCAAAUGUAUUUGUAGGCUUAUUGUUUUGUUUUUUCUUUGUUUGUUUUGGUAAAUCGUUUAAAUUUGAGUGCUCUAUAUAUUUGAGCACACUCAGAGGAGAUGAGAAUUAUGUAUCCAAGGAAAGAAAAAUCUUUACUUGAAUUAACGUGAAGCUGUAAAAAACAUAACUGAGGCGCAGAAGCUUUGCGUCCCACCUGACUGAAUCCCAAGUCAGAAUAAUCACGUCCGAUGUUGUAGCCCUUUCACCUUUGUGUAUCAGCAUUUAUUUCUGUGUACCAAAUAAUAGUUUCGCAGCUUGGUGUAGAAUGACACCAGCCAAUGCACUUUUUUUUUUUCCUUCUUUUUUUUUUUUGUUUGGUUAUUUUAUCUUGUCAUUCAAAAGUGCAUUUGUCAUAGGAGAAACCUGCUCAGAAAUGCCAUAAGUUCCUCUGAAGUCCAUCAUCCCCAGACGUAACCAGGCCUGGUGUUCGGGAGAACCUCUUUAAUGCUUUUUUUGGACUGAUCAGGAUUCUGAUCUGCUGCUAAUCAGGAUUCAGUCCGAAUUGCUGAAGCUCAGUGAGAACGUGAAUUUUUUUCUCCUAUAGGUGACUCACUAGCUAAAAUAAACGUUAUUCAUGUUUAGCGAUGCAACGUUUCGAGUUUUUCCUUUUAGAAUGUCCUACUUUAAUUAAUGAGAGUGAAACAUUAUUCGUAUCUUCCAAAUUUGUAUUGCAUGAGAACUUUCGGUUUUGCUGUUUGCAACUAUAUACUGAGCAUUAUUCUGAGGCCAUGCAAAUGAAACCGUCUAUUUAGGUCUUGAUUAUAUUGAUUGAUUGAAUGAAUGAUUAAAUUAGUAUUGUCGCUAUGGCCUAACUUUACAAUCCAAAUGUUUCCCCCUUGGGGUUCAGUGGCGCAAGAUGCCGGUGUCUUGAGACACAGAUUUGUCAUCUCAAACAUCUGUGAGUAAUGCUUAGUAAUUACAGUCUCUGCUAUUUCCUGUUUGUUCACUGGAAGCUGCCUUCUCCACAGACCAUUUUAGGCUGUCCUUGCUUCAGGAGGUUGUGGGUAAGAAGAACUGGACCCAGUGAUGGAACCGGCAUCAUAUCUGGGUUCACGUUCUACGGUUGGAAUUAGCGGGACGAUGACACUGCUGCAAAAAGAGCCGUCUUCCGUUCCCUUCCUCUGUGUGCUUUGGUUUAAGGCUAUGUUUGUAUAGGUUUCUGUAAAUCAGUGCUUCAUAAUGAUGCUGAUGCUAAUUUAGGUAUGAUGUGAUUAAUCUGAUUUGAAAAAUAAAUAUAGAUUUAUGGAAAUG